UCCGCGUUAUUCACUUGUAGACCGACGAUCUGAUCAUUCGUGGGUGACUAAACAGCCCUGCUCUUUCGUUCGCGAUCGUUCUCAUUCGAGAUUCUCUGUUACAACGAUCAAGAUAUACUUUUAUAUUUAUUUUAACUUUUUAACAAAAUUUUCUUCGACCCAAAAAAUUAAUCUUUAAGAAGAGGAAAUGAAGACAAUCGUACUAGCCGGAUUGAUCGUGGCGAUUUUUUGCGCUACUUUCGCGCGCGAACUACCCGAUUUUAUUCAUGUUUGCAAGAAGAACGAUCCGAACUUGGCCGAUUGCAUAAAGGCAAGUGUGAAUAACCUUAAACCCAAAUUAAAAACUGGAAUACCAGAUUAUAAAAUACCAUCUUUGGAACCAUUGGAAUUGAAAGAAUUGGUAGCCACGACAGGAGGAAACAUCAAAUUGAUGCUGAAGAAUGUCAUCGUUCAUGGCGCCAGUAACUUCACGUUAUUGAGGAUGAAAGCCAAUUUGGAUACCCUAAACUUCGUGGCCGAGCUAGACCUUCCAAAUCUUCUUAUCGAAGGAAAUUACGACGUGGAUGGACGAAUAAUCCUUCUUCAGAUUCGAGGAAGCGGGCCGAUGACUGGCGACUUUACAAAUUGCAAGGCGUUGGUGAAAAUGCAGAUGCAGAUGUCAAAGAGAAACGACGGUGAAAAUUAUCUGAAACUGACCGAUCUUAAAACCAAAAUCUCGGUAGGAGGUGGUAAACUGAAUCUGCAAAAUCUGUUCGGCGGUGAUCCAGUUCUUGGCGAAGCUGUCAACACUGCCAUCAACAGCAACUUCGACUCCUUUCUCAAAGAAAUAAAGCCAUCUAUCGAGAGCGCAAUCUCCAACACGUUCACAGAGAUCGCAAACGGUAUCCUGCAAGAGUUUACUUACGAGAUACUUUUCCCAGAAUCGUAAGAACGUACCAAAAAAUAUCGUAAAUCAAUGAUCGAGCACCGACGACAGUCGGAUGAUCUAUGUCAUUUUUAAAGAGAUUCAUCGAAGUAUGUUAAUAAACGACGAAGAAGAUUUCUUAGUAUUCUUAAAUCUGGAAUUAUGAUUUUGCUCUCGUAUUAUGUUGGCGAGAUUGCAGGAGAUUAUUGUACUUAUUUGUUUGAAAGAUGGAAAAAUGCGAGUGUCGGGUACAUUACGGAUUUUUAUGCAUUUUAUGGGAAAUUGAAAAAUAUAAAAAUAUGCAUAGAAUACAUGUAAUACGGCAAAUAUAUGAAAUAUCCAAAUAGUAUAUGUAUAUAAGUAGUUUAUAACGCAUGGAUGGAACAAAUUUCUGCAAAAAUUCUAUUUUUUUUUCUUUUUUUUCUUUUUUUUUUUUUAGUGUAAAUGUAGUGUAAUAAUCGCGUUAAUAUGUUAGUUUCUUUCGUUGAGUUUUCUAUCUUCCGUUUGCAAUUAUUAUUGCGUUACAGAUACAUUUGUAAUAUUGUAAUUCUUCAGUUGCCAUCUUCCAUGUUUUGUGAUCAUUACAAUACUUUGCGAUGAAUUGUGAGAAAGAAAAUAGUUAUCUGUAUAAUGCUUAAGGGGGCAAUGCGUGAGUCAAAUAAAGAAAUUAAUUUUACAUUACAUUUACAGUUACAUUAGUUUUUGGUUAAUUGCGUAGAAUGAUACUAAUACAUGAUAUUGGUAAGACAAUAAACAAAAGUAUAAUUCUAAAAGAUUUUAUACAAUUUAUUAUCACAAUAAACCAUUGUAUCAAGUA